AGUUUCUGAUUCUGCAGGCUGAAACACAGAGGGGAGCAGGGGGUGGAGAGACAGGGUAGUUGAGAACGUGUAUGAGAAGGUGAGGGGGAGGGAGGUUAGUUUAACGAUAGAGCAACAACUGGGACAGAAAGAAAGAAAGAAAGAAAGAAAAAGGGUGAAAAAUGCUAAGUAGAAAAGCUGUUCAAAUUAUAGGGUAAUUGAGAGAGAAUAGUAAAAACCAAGUUCCAACAGUGACAUUGAACAGUAAAUAAUGACAGCAUGCAGAUAGAUUUAGUGUGAAUAUUUGAAAAGUAUUUGAAAAGAUAUAAAACACAGUAACAGACACAAGUUACACUUAUUUUAUAGAGGAAUUCAAAUAGGAAACAGAGGGAAGGCAUAUAGAUGAGAUAACAAGAAAAACUAUUUCAAGAAGAUUCAGAAAAGAAGGGAAGGGUUAGUAUUCAAAAUGGCGGUACACAGAAAGUGACUGUAGAUGUGCUCAUGCAUGAUGUGAACCAGUUUAGAUUCUUCCUGAACAUUUGCUUGGAUAUCUUGAAUAAACUCAAAAUAGACAGAUUUUGGAUAUCAUCUGGUUCUGCAGUCCCCUUGGAAGAGUCAUGGAAACGACUGUGCUGGAUUCCACAUUGGUUGGAGCUCUUCUUGUGGUGCCUGUUGUUCUCCUGGCGGGACUAUGUUUGAGCUGCAGAAAACACUCACACACUUCCAUCCAGCAGAAUUAUGGUGACUAUGAUGAGACUCAACCGUUCCCAACGGGAUCAGGAGGAUUUCGUAUAGUGCGAACUGCAGGCCCAGUUCUGGUUGUCUCCACCAAUCCCAUCAACAUGAGCGGGAGCUCUGGACACUCCUCCCACCUACUGUCUGCCACUUCUCCCCUCUUGCUUCAGAGUCGCCACUCCUCCUUUGCUCCAACUGAAGAUGGGAGUAUUCCUAGCUAUGAGAACCAAGAAAUUCCUCAAGGUUUCUGUGUUGAUAAAGAAGAUGAUGAUGUAACGGGUUACAUAGAGGUGCUGCCAGAUCCCCCUGUUAGCAAGUCUGUCUGUGCAUCCCAGCAAAGCCUUCCUUCUGUGCAGAGUUCUGGUACUGGUGAAGUGGACUAUGUAAACGUGGAUUCUGCCAGUGAGAAAAGUUACAUCAAUGUCAAAGAUGACGUCAUCGGACUUUUUCCAGGUGUGUCCUGUGAGAGCAUGGACAGUGAGGACAAUGGUAGCUCCGAUUAUGUCAACGCUCCCCCACAAAGAGGUCACUAACAACGAGGAGGAAAUGAUCUUAAGUGGCAUACAGUGAAUCAAGCACACUUCAACUUAAGCACUUAUGAAACAAACUGAGAUAAAGAAAUGGAUGCACAGAAAGUUUGAUUUUAAGCUUGAAAUUAACAUUAAAAGCCUCAUUCAUUUGUUGUAUUUCGUAUCCUAUGAAAAUAGCUGACAAUUCCUGAGAAUAUAUAUUUUUGCUUUAUGUUCAUGAUUUUAAUUCUUGCUCCAUUUUAUGAUAGGCAUUCAAUUAUGGAUUCAAUACAGCAUGUUUGGCCUUCCAGUCCAAUACACACAGAUUCUGUCAUUAUUCCAUUUACAAUAAACAUCAUUUAAAAUCA